UUUGCGUGGAUUAUCUUCCACCGGACCGCACUCGCGAUUCGACAUUGGUUGAUUCACAUACUGAGUCACUGGAACGGAUUUCCGCUCAAGCAAGCCCGGUUGAUGAGAUCCUGAUUGUUGGUGAUUUCAAUUUCUCCGGAUUAAAAUGGCGCUCUGCUUCUGACGGAUUUAUGUUCGCUGAUCCCGAACUGUCAUCUUUUCAUGCUGGUAUCACCAGUUUGCUUGACUGCUACAGUCUAAAUCUGCUGCGCCAAACGAAUAAUGUGGUGAACGAGAACAACAGAAUCCUUGAUCUCUGUUUUUCGAGCAAAUCUGACCACGCGCCAAAAGUUACCGCAGCACCGUUCCCCUGGUAAAGACUGUUAGACACCACCCUCCCCUGCAUAUAUUGCUUGAAGCGAUUCGAGUGAAGCAUGACUGCAAUGCUUCUGACACCGUCAGCUAUAAUUUUAGAAAAGCCGACUAUAAUAGCAUUAUUGACUUCCUGUCGAAUAUCCACUGGACUGAAAUUCUCGACAAUGAUCAUGUCAACGUUGCAGUGCAGACCUUCUCCAAUGUUAUGAGCUAUGCUAUCGAUCGCUAUGUACCCAAAAGAAGUGGCCUUCAAUCUAAGCACCCAGCGUGGCACACUGCCGAGCUGAGACGGUUAAAAGCGACUAAAAGAGCCGCUCUGAAGAAGUACUCCAAGUUUGGGGGCUACGUGUUGCGACAACACUACGUCCUUGUUAACCAAGUUUAUAAAAAGACAUCGAAGCGUUGCCAUGCCGAUUACUUGCGAAACGUGCAACGUAAGUUGAAGUCCGAACCUAAAACAUUCUGGAAGCAUGUAAACGAGCAAAGAAAGGCAUCCGGGUUGCCUUCAACGAUGAGCUAUGGAGGACGUAUGAGCUCUAGUUUACAGGAGAUCUGCCAACUAUUCUCUCAAAAGCUCGCGAGUGUUUUCUCCAACGAGAAACUGACACCGACCCAGGCUUCACGCGCGGCUCUCAAUGUACCUUAAUCAUACCAGUCUUUGCACUCUAUCAAUAUCGACAAUAAUAUGGUACAACUGGCGAUUAGCAAAAUGAAGGCUUCAACCUCGGCAGGCCGAGAUGGUAUACCAACUAUUAUUCUAAAAAAAUGCUCUGUCGGUCUAAUUGAACCUCUUUGUCAUCUGAUUCAAUUGUCGCUAACAACCGGACUAUUUCCCGAACUCUGGAAAUCCUCCUUCAUGUUUCCAGUUCACAAAAAGGUGAUAAAAAGGUAGUUGACAACUACCGUGGUAUUACAACGCUAAGCGCAGUUCCUAAGCUGUUUGAAAUGGCUGUGUUGGAACCCAUCUCCAGCCACUACAAACAGUAUAUCUCCGAGACUCAGCAUGGAUUUAUGCCGAAACGUUCAACAUCUACGAAUCUUCUGUCGUUCACAACAUAUGUUACAGAUGCUAUGUCGGACGGCCUUCAAACUGACGUUAUCUACACGGACCUUUCAGCUGCUUUUGACAACAUAAAUCACGCUAUUGCAGUGGCAAAAUUGGAUAGACUUGGCUUUGGUACUAAUAUUCUCCGUUGGAUGCAAUCGUAUCUCAGUGAUCGUCGUCUAGCAGUCAAGAUAGUUGAUUGUGUAUCCGAAGAGUUCUUUGCUUCAUCUGGUAUUCCGCAAGGCAGCCAUUUUGGUCCAUUGAUUUUUCUUCUGUAUUUCAACGACGUUAACUUUUGUUUAGAAGGACCACGGUUGUCUUUCGCCGACGACCUCAAGUUAUACCAUAGAAUCCGGAAUACUGAUGAUGCAGCUUUCCUUCAACGCCAACUGGAAACCUUUGCGGAAUGGUGCGAGAUCAACCGAUUGACCCUAAACCCCAAGAAAUGUACGGUCAUUACGUUCUCGAGGAAAAAAACGCCAAUUCGAUUCGAUUACUGUCUAGCUGAAUCCACAAUUGACAGAGCGAAUUGCGUCAAAGAUCUCGGAGUUUUUCUCGAUGAACAACUGACGUAUAAACAGCAUAUCAGCUAUAUUGUCGCUGUUUGGGGUUCAUAAUGAGAAUAUCAAAGCACUUUUCAGAUAUUUACUGCUUGAAAUCUCUCUACUGCUCACUCGUUCUAUCAACUCUGGAAUAUUGUUCAGUUGUGUGGAACCCUCAUUAUCUCAACGGUGUCCAUCGAAUUGAGGCAGUACAGCGCAGAUUUGUUCGGUUUGCCCUUCGUCGAUUGCCUUGGAGCAACCCUCACCAGCUGCCAAGAUAUGAAAGCCGGGGUUUGCUUAUUGGACUCGAUACAUUGCAAGAGCGACGGGAUCUAUUCCGUGCUAUGACGAUUUCGGAUAUUUUACAAGAUCGAAUUGACUGCCCCGGCUUCUCAGUGCGAUAAACAUGAACGUUCGCCCUCGCGCCCUUCGCAAUAAUUUAUUCCUCCGAUUACCUCUUCGCCAGACUAACUAUGGAGUAAACGGUGCCAUCAUUGGUUUGCAGCGGACCUUCAAUAGAGUGUCUUCCGAGUUCGAUCUUCACAUUCCCCGUAGCAGAUUACAAUUUGACUUUUUAAAUAGAUUAAGAAAUUAUCAUUAGGACCACACUGUGUCUGUUGAUAUUAAUUAAUUAUAACUAAUCGAUUCAGUGAUGAUCAUCAUUCAUAUUUUUCCAUUUUUAGUAAUUUUUUUUAGGGUGCCGACAACCGACCACAUUUUUCAAAAUGGUAAACAGUUAUCAUUUUACUAAACUGUUAAUAACUUUUUUUAAAUUCUUCGAUAAGUUAUUAGCUAAUGCCUCUAGCUUUCUAUUGGUAUGUUUAUUCCCAUAUAUUGUUUAAUUGGAGUAAUGUUGUGAGCCAAAAACAAAAGUGUUCCGACAACCGAACACAUUCCCCUACAUAAAUAAUGCAUCUCUACCAGGCAUUGCAUUUAUCGCUCAUAUGAGUAAAUGCGCCCCGAUAGUUUGCUACUGUGACAAUAAAAACUCACAUUUCACACGAAAAGUUAUUGGCACUCACACAACUUCUCCGGAUAAAUACAACGUGUUAUUUCUCCGGAUAAAUAAAACAGCCGGAGAAUGAGUGAAUGAGUUUAUCAUGGUAUCCUCUUUGCGUUCGCUGCUUUGCUGCCGUUAUUCCAAAACACGAAAAAACAAGUUGUUCGGAUUCGAUGUUUUUUUUCUGUAUAUUAGCCGAACCCACAAAUUUAGGUGAAGGGAAAUUUUGCAUACAUGUAUGACCGGCCACUAAUACUAAAAUGUAUACGUCAACUGAAAUAUUGCCUUCGAGGUACAGUCAUAUUGAAAUAAACCACCACCGAGAACGGACCACGAAGAAUAAAUUUCAACGCUACCCAAGUGCUAAGGUUUUUUAAUAAAGGUGCAGUCGACCGCGUAGCAGAAGUUUGAAUUUCGUUACACCGAACCCUACCGAAGUUUCGUGUCCACUGAAAUAUUUCGGAUUCAAAUUCGCCAAUCCGACCCGUAAAUUCCGUGGUCUCUUUGCUGGUCUACAACCUUCCUUCCGGAACUUAAAUAUUAGCCGCACGUCGUACCUAUCUUUUGAAUGAUCAAACACAACAGGGUCCAACAUAAAUUUGGUGCCGUGACCAGGAUUGUGCAGCCGAAUUAAUUAGGGAUUGACCGAAAAGGUGGUUCCGGGCGCAAUUGUGAGACGUGAAUUCGACGCCGUUGUUUGCCACCAUUCCAGUUCCAGGGAGCCAAGCCACGCUUGGGCGCCAUCGCUGUUUGCUAUUAUAAUACAAGGCCUAUUACAAAUAGGCGUCAGGUAAUUAUGAUUCCAACGCCUCGUGCUGUUACACCAGAUGCCCUUUAGAUUCUCGAUUUCUAUUUCGAGUGUUUGUCAUCGCCGAGAGCUUUGAGGUGUACCUACCAAGCCGCCACUUGCUAAAAGGACAGCAGCCAUUCCCAGUUCGAGAGACCAAGCCGUUUAUGAGCGCCAUAGCUGAUCGCCAUUGAAGAUUAAUCAAAUACAACGCCUACUUUAAAUUGGCGUCAGGUAAUUGUAAUUCCAACGCCAUAGCCUGUAAACCCAGGUACCCUUUAGUUUAUUUUUCCUUUCGAGUUUUUGCCGAUCAUCAGAACUUUGGAGUUCCUCCUGCUAUAGUUAUCGCCGUCAGUCCCAAUCCGGGAAACCAAGCCACGUUAGGACACAAUCGACAUUUGCUAUUAGCUAGCAAUUGGAUACGAAGCCCUCCAAAUAUAAACGCCAUUGUGAAGAUUUUCCUCGCCACGUGACCUUAUACUGAAGCUCGCUUGAAGCCGUCGGUAGUAAUCCAGAUUCCUGAGUUAUUUUAUACAAGGCAUAUUUAAGCAUUAUUAAGGUGACAUUGACCUGCUGCGAUGGAGGACUAUACGAAGAAGCACCGUGCUACGGUGCGACGAUCGACGCUAACAUCAUCUCUGAGUCGAGCUAUGGAAUUUCUAGACGCCUUCGACGAGGAACGGGACAGGUUCGAGGUGUCACUGCGCAUGGAGGACCUCAACGAGAUUCGACGAGAGCUAGAAGAAGUGCAAUCUACGCUAGAGGAGCUGGAGACGAGCGCAGAAGGUAUGGCUACUAAUCUAGAGCACAGAUCCUCGUUUGAGAGACAGUUUUUUUAAAUAAAAGCUGGCCUAAUGUCCAAAUUACCUACUCCCGUUAUUCCUAAUGAAUCGCUACUCCAAAAUUCACUCCCUCGGGGUCCUUCCGCAAUCAGGGGUCUAAAAUUGCCGUCGAUAUCACUGCCGGAGUUCUCUGGCGACUAUAAGGAUUGGCGUGUAUUCUAUGACACGUUUUAUGCGUUGAUUCAUACGAACCGGGAUCUUCCAGACAUUCAAAAAUUUCAUUAUCUAAGAGCUGCAGUGAAAGGUGAAGCAGCUCAGUUGAUCGAGUCCGUUGAUAUCUGCGCUGCAGAUUAUGUGAGUACGUGGGAUACGCUGGUUAAUCGAUAUUCCAAUGAAUAUCUGAUGAAAAAAAGACGCCUACAAGCGCUAUUUGACAUUCCUCGCAUGGAAAGAGAAACCGCUGCUGAGUUGCAUACGAUUGUCGAUGUCUUCGAGAGACAUGUCAAGGGAUUGAACCAGAUGGGAGAACCGACAGAAGCAUGGAGCACAAUUCUUGAGCAUUUGCUAUGCUCACGGCUUCACGACGACACGCUUAAGGCUUGGGAGGACUACGCAUCAACCAUGAAUCAACCGACCUACAAGAAUCUUGUCGAUUUUUUGCAUCGUAGGAAUCGUGUUCUUGAAUCUAUUUCCGUAAAUCAUCACCACGCUCCACAGCACCCCGUGGUUUGCUCUCACGUGGCUGCUUCAAAAUCCGAUGGUCGCGGAAACUCAGCGAAUUUUGCUUCUGGUAGCGCUUCGCUUAAAUGUCACGCUUGCGAACAGCGUCACCCACUUUUGAAAUGUUUCAAGUUUACCAAAAUGUCGACUUCUGAUCGAUUGAAUGUUGUCAAUUCAAAGCGAUUGUGCUUGAAUUGUUUUAGAAGUACCCAUUAUGUUCGAGAGUGCCCUUCUCAAGACAACUGCCGCGUCUGUGGAAGGCGUCACCAUACAAUGAUUCACCCAGGCUACGAUGAAACCUAUGCGCGAGCGGUUCCUGACUCAAGGUCGUCGAGGUUUCAACAACCAACUCGAGCAACGGUGCAUGUCACUCAGUGUGACGAAGAUCUUACCGAACCUGUGUUGUCAGCCAUGACUACCGUUUGUCAAUCCACUGAAAUAAACUGUAUGCCUUUAAGAACCCGGGAGAAGAACGUUAUUUUGCCCACUGCGGUGGUUAUCAUUGUGGACUGCUAUGGGAAGGAACAUCUGGUUCGUGCACUUUUGGACUGUGCUUCACAGGCUAAUUUGAUAACAGAGAAAAUGGCUCAACUUCUGCGACUAAGGCGUACAAAAACAAGCAUAAUCGUUAAUGGUAUUGGGGAUCACCCAAAACUGGCAACAGAAUCCGUGACGACACAGAUCCGUUCCAGAAGGAAACACUUCACAAGCAACAUAGAUUUUAUUAUACUAGAGAAAAUCAUUCCAAGGCUGCCUGGCCAAAACUUUCCUGUUGACCACUGGAAAAUUCCUGAUGACUUAUUCCUUGCUGAUCCAGGAUUCAACAACGGCAGUAGCAUUGAUUUGCUCAUCAGCAACGAACAUUUUUUCACCUUUUUUACGUCCGCAGCAAGGAUCGAACUGUCCAAGUCCUUGCCACUAUUAAUCGACAGCGUUUUUGGAUGGCUCGUAUCAGGAUCUGUUAACUCCGAAGAUUCUCCAAGUUCUACGUUCACGUGCAGUAUCCGAUCGAUGCCCUUGGUUUCGCUUGAUGAAAGGCUAGAAAAAUUUUGGAAGAUGGAAGAAUUGCCAAUUAGAACCGAUCGUUCACCACAGGAGAAAGAAUGCGAGAAAUUCUACGCGAGAAUUGUUUCUCGAACACCAGAAGGGCGCUACGUAGUUCGCCUUCCACGACACCCCAAUUUCGAGACGAUGUUAGGUUGCUCUGAAACGAUAGCUCGAAAACGGUUCGAGUUGCUUGAACGAAGACUAGAAAGGAACCCACAGUUGAAAGACGAAUGCCAUCGAUUUAUGGCAGAAUAUCUUUCUCUUGGGCACAUGCGCCUUGUUGAAAAUGAAGAUUGCAAUGCUUCGGCAGCAUACUGCUUUCUCCCGCACCACCCAGUAAUUAAAGAUGCCAGCACUACUACUAAAGUGCGGGUGGUAUUCGAUGCCUCUGCCAAGACCAGCACUGGUUUCUCGCUGAAUGAAUCACUACUCGUAGGUCCCGUUGUGCAAGACGAUCUUGUUGCUAUUGUUCUUCGAUUCAGAACUUACCCCGUUGCACUAGUAGCUGAUAUAGAAAAAAUGUACCGACAGGUUCUGCUCCACCCAGAAGAUACAGCCCUGCAGCGCAUUUUUUGGCGUUUCCAUCCCGACCAGCCUAUUCAAAUAUUUGAGUUGCUGACCGUCACAUAUGGUAUGGCACCAUCCUCCUUCUUAGCCACGCGUACGCUCCAGCAACUUGCUUGUGAUGAAGGAUCAGCCUACCCAAACGGUGCACCCGCCUUGCGGAAGGGAUUUUACGUGGAUGACUUCAUUGGAGGGGCAUCAACAAUAACGGAAGCAAUAUGCGUGCGAAACGAGCUCAUUGAUCUGCUCGGCAAGGGAGGAUGUAGUUUACGCAAAUGGGCUUCAAAUGAGCAACGGGUUCUGAAGGAUUUAGAUGAAGAUAAGAUAGCCGUGCAGAACGAACAUCGAUUCGACACUGAAGAGACAGUUAAAACUCUCGGAAUAUGUUGGGAACCAAAAUACGACACACUUCGAUUUGACCCUGAAAUGCGCCAGAAAGCAGACAAGCUAACAAAACGUUCAAUCCUUUCCGCUAUCUCGCAACUAUUUGACCCACUGGGUUUAGUUUCGCCUGUGAUCGUUCGUGCCAAGAUAAUCAUGCAACAGCUUUGGUCGUUGUCUUGCGGUUGGGAUGACGAAAUUCCCGAGCCGGUACAAGUGAAAUGGAAAAGAUAUGUACAGCAACUCCAACAACUCUCCAAUUUUCGUAUUGAUCGCUACGCUCUGCUCCCAAAUUCAAAAGUACAGUUACACACCUUUGCCGACGCUUCGGAACAAGCGUACGGCUGCUGUAUUUACGCACGCUCCAUCGACACACACGGCAAUAUUCGCGUAAAGCUGUUGGCUUCCAAAUCACGCGUGGCACCAUUGAAACGUGUAACGCUCCCGCGCCUUGAGCUAUGUGCAGCAGACUUGGCUGCGAAACUUCACAGCUGCGUCAUUCAAGCCCUCAACAUAGAAGUAACUGCUUCAUAUUUCUGGUCGGACUCAAUGGUAACACUACAAUGGCUAAGGUCAGAACCGAACGUAUGGAAAACAUUCGUUGCAAAUCGGGUCUCGGAAAUACAAACGACUACUCAGGGAUCUUUCUGGAAUCACGUAGCUGGCAAACAAAACCCCGCCGAUUUAGUAUCGAGAGGAAUGGAAGUUGACGAAUUUUUAAUCAGCAAGUUGUGGACGAACGGACCUGAUUGGCUCGGAUUUCUACAAAACGGUUGGCCAAUUACGAAUAUUCCCGAUUAUCCUGAGCAGGGAAUUGAACGACGAAAACAGCAAAUCGUUUCAGUUGUGAGCUCGCACCCAGCUCACAAUUCUAUUUUCAACUUGUGUUCCUCCUACAAACGCCUAGUUCGAAUCGUCGCAUAUUGCUUCAAAUUCAUAAAAAACGCGCAAGCAAAAACCAGAUCACAACCAGUCCCGUUUGUUGAUCAACCACCUAAUCAGCUUUUAUCCGUCCAGAACAUAGCAGCAGCGAAUACACGUCUAAUCCAACUAGCCCAAGCUGAUUCAUUUAAAGAAGAAAUACACAAUUUGAAAUCCUUUCGAAACGCUCGCACAUACGUGCGCUAUGUCCGUUCAUAGAUCCUGAAGGUACCAUCCGAGUGGGGGGGAGACUACGUCUGUCAGAACAGCCAUACCUAUCCAAACACCCAGCCCUCCUACCAAACUUCCACCCUUACGCUCGCAUGAUAGCCAACUUUUAUCACCUCAAGUUAAUACACGGAGGGGGACGUUUAACGCUCAGUGCUUUGCGAGAAACUUAUUGGCCUGUCAAUGGCAGAAGAUUGGUUCGGAGUGUGUUGCGAAACUGCUACCAGUGCGCCCGAGCCUGUCCUGUUCCCAUUGCGCAGCAGAUGGGCCAACUACCUGUUCAUCGAGUCACACCUAGCAGACCUUUCACCACAACCGGUGUGUACUUUGCCGGUCCGGUAUAUUUGAAGCCAAUUCAUAAGCGUGCUGCAGCCGUCAAAGCAUACAUCUGCAUUUUCAUCUGUUUCUGCACAAAGGCUGUACACAUAGAAUUAGUCAGCGACUUAUCAACGAAAGCAUUUCUUUGUGCGCUUCGUCGUUUUAUUGCACGUCGCGGUCGCCCUGCCAAUAUAUAUUCCGACAACGGCAAGAAUUUCGAGGGUGCGAAAAAUGAGCUGGAUGAACUGCGCCAAUCACUGCUUAAUCACCGAACCGCUAUACACGAAGCAUGCUCCCAGGAAUUUAUCGUCUGGCACCUGAAUCCAACAAAGGCUCCACACUUUGGUGGCCUGUGGGAGGCAGCAGUGAAAGUGGCAAAGAAACAAAUGUAUCGCCAGUUGGGAAACACAAAACUCAACUUUGAGGAUAUGGCAACCUUACUAACUCAAAUAGAAGCGAGCAUGAACUCGCGCCCACUUGUACCAAUGACUGACGAUCCAAACGACCUGUCCUGCAUUACUCCAGCACACUUUUUAAUCGGAGCGAGCUUGCAUGCACUACCAGAACCUGACAUUUGCCAUAUAAAACAUGGAAAAUUGGACCACUAUCAACACCUGCAAAGAAUAAAUCAGCAAUUUUGGCACUGUUGGCGAACUGAGUACCUGCAAGAGCUGCAACGUGUGACAAGGACGUGCAAUCCAAACACCGACAUUCAGCCGGGGCGCUUGGUUGUGAUUGUGGAUGAAUUCCAAAUUCCAGUCAAAUGGCCCCUAGCGCGAAUCAUUUCCGUGCAUCCAGGGAAGGAUAACCUCACCCGUGUAGUUUCACUUAAAACGAGCCGUGGAAUCAUCAAACGACCGGUCACAAAAAUAUGCUUGUUACCUCUGGAAACCGCCGACGAUCAAGCAGUAGGAGAUCAAACAACCCAGUCCGAUGAAACGUUGGAGAUAGAUGAGAACAACCCCGACGAAAUCGACCGAAACAGCAAUAUGUAGUAUUAAAAUGCUACCACGCUACAGUGUUUACUUUGUAUUUCUGAAAUGUCAAAAUGAAUUUAUGAACAGAUAUAGGAUCAUAGUAUUAGGUAUACAUAUAGUAGCAAUGAGAUAAGCAACUGCUGCAAUAGUAUUAGUAAGAUAGUGGGCUCUGAAUUGCAGUAGGUAGUCUAAGUUUUGAAAUAUUGUAUUUCAAGGUGGGGGCGAUGUUCGGAUUCGAUGUUUUUUUCUGUAUAUUAGCCGAACCCACAAAUUUAGGUGAAGGGAAAUUUUGCAUACAUGUAUGACCGGCCACUAACACUAAAAUGUAUACGUCAACUGAAAUAUUGCCUUCAAGGUACAGUCAUAUUGAAAUAAACCACCACCGAGAACGGACCACGAAGAAUAAAUUUCAACGCUACCCAAGUGCUAAGGUUUUUUAAUAAAGGUGCAGUCGACCGCGUAGCAGAAGUUUGAAUUUCGUUACACCGAACCCUACCGAAGUUUCGUGUCCACUGAAAUAUUUCGGAUUCAAAUUCGCCAAUCCGACCCGUAAAUUCCGUGGUCUCUUUGCUGGUCUACAACCUUCCUUCCGGAACUUAAAUAUUAGCCGCACGUCGUACCUGUCUUUUGAAUGAUCAAACACAACAGGGUCCAACACAAGUCUAUCAUACUUCUUUGCCGCUUUUCUUUGUAAUUAAGUGUGUUUUUUGAAGUUUCAAUUGAUUUCCACGAAAUUAAAAUUUUAUCACUUUCUCCGGUGAGAAGGAAAAAGUCAAAUAAAUUUUAUCCGGAAAAUCAUUAUCAUGCUAUUUGUGGAGACGGAGAAUUUUGCGACUCAUCUUAUCUCGGAAAACUUGGACAUCGGAUAAGCUUCUUCUCGCGUGAGUGAGAGAGAAUUACAAUGCCUGAUCUCUACACUUAUUGUAAUGAUUAAAUAAAACACGUAUAGUUUAAAAUAUAGGUAACUCUUAGAUACAUAACACUGUUUUAAAACAACAUUGCGGAAAAACAUUUCAAAAUUAUCACAGUAAUGUAUUGAAGCUAUGAGACAAUGUUCACAACAUUAAAAAAAUUGAUUUGCGCCUUUGAGGGUUAAUAUAACUCCCAUGUUUGGAAAUGAAGUCAAAUGUGAUAUAAAUUGAUACAAAAAAUAUGUUUUGCACAUUUCUAAAAGACUUGUUACGACCAACAAAAAUGUUGCCAAAAACGGAACCCAUUUGUUGCCAAUUUGGGUCAACCUCAAUUGGAUAGGGGGAGAUGCCGAAGCAACAUACACGAAACCACAAUAGACAGGAAGGAAGACAACCAAGUAUUCCGACGAAAUACUUACCUCGCUUCGACAAAAAACAUUUUUAAAAAAAUACUAUGAAAAAUAUUUUGAAAAAAAAUACUAUGGAAAAAAAAUUAUAUUAUGGAAGAAAUAUUAUGAAAAGAAUACAAUUACAAAAAAAAACAACUCGAGCAACACACAAAAACCUGUUUUUAUCCACCUAGCGGUGCAAUUGUGCCUUUCUCAUUCCUCUAAACUAUGGCACGGAGGCUGUUUAUGUUCAACAUAAUUGUGGAAAUGUCCAUUACAUUCUUAGUACACUUUGCACUUAUACACAACGGCUUGCCAGCCACGAACUUGAUGAGCUACGUGUCGACGGUGAAACACUUGAAACAAAAAAAUAUCAUACUUUAUCAUCCUAAUCAGCAUUAGAUCAAUGUUAUCUGCUUGCUAACUCAUUUUGUCAUGCGGGGGUGGCUGGGUGAGAAGGGCGAAAGUCCCAUGAACGAACGACUCCCCAGCUUAAAUUGGUAUGCUUUGUGAUAUAGUGGUGGUUCAAAGAUGAUGGAGUUGAAAGGGAGGAGUAUGAGGGCUGGAUGGGGUGGUGGUCUGAGGGGUGAUUAAAGGAGAUUUUUAAGGGAAGGAAGUGAACAGUAGAGGGGGGAUGUAACCCCUCCCCGUAAACCAUCAACUACGCCCCUGUUAAAAUCCAGAAACCUUAUGCGAGUCAAAAAAUUUUUUUUGCCGGGAUUAGGUUGACGUUUUUCAGAGUGAUUGCCAAACCUUUCUAUAUGAGAAAGGCAAACAUGUGGCAAAAUCCAUAAAAGUGAAUCGUAGUCAAAUUUUUUUUUCGAGUUUGCAUCAAAUCUCGACGUUUCAUGCACCUUGAAGACAUUUAGCAUCAAAAAUAAAUAUUCUGUUUUUAAUUUUUCGUAUAGUUUAUAUGAGAAAUUUCUGUGUGGCCGCACUCUUAAACCCGUAAUUCCGGAACCGGAAUUCCGAUAGAUCCAAAAUUCAAUAGCAGCCGAUGGGAAGGUUGCACCUUUCAUUUGAGACUAAGUUUGGGCAAAUCGGUCCAUCCAUCUCUGAGAAAAAUGAGUGACAUUAUUUGACACAUACGCACAUACAUACACACACAUACACACACAGAUACACACACACACACACACACACACACACAUACAGACUUUUUCCGAUCUGGACGAACUGAGUCGAAUGGGAUAUGACACUCGGCCCUCCGGACCGGGAUUAGGUUGACAUUUUACAGAGUGAUUGCAUAACCUUUCUAUAUGAGAAAGGCAAAAAAUACAUUAUCCAUCUCGAGUCUAAAACAAUAUUACAAAAAAAGAAAUUUACUAAAAACGAGCACAACAGGCAAAAGAACUCGAAAUUAUUAAAACGAGCAAAGUAAGCAAAAGAUCUCGAACAAAAAAAAUCACAUCUGGGGAAAAAGAAGGAAUUGGAGGCAAUUAAAGGGCGAACACGAAAUUAUUGCGACACCGAAAAUGUCAUGCCAAUUUUCUUAUAAUGUUUAAAAUCAAACAAAAAUUUUAGGCUAGUUUUAUACAGUUUUACAUUUCUUAUAAAAGAAAUGUAUAGAAUUCGCUCAAACUUUCAAGAUUUUUUCCGAGGCCCGGAGGGCCGAGUCUUAUAUACCAAUUGACUCAGCUCGACGAUUUGGGACAAUGUCUGUGUGUGUGUGUGUAUGUAACGGACAAAUUCUCAUUCGUGUUUCUCAGCAAUGGCUGAACCGAUCUUAUCCAAACCAAUUUUAAAUGGAAGAACUAAAAAACAGUAUGAACGCGACGGGAUCUAUUCCGUGCUAUGACGAUUUCGGAUAUUUUACAAGAUCGAAUUGACUGCCCCGGCUUCUCAGUGCGAUAAACAUGAACGUUCGCCCUCGCGCCCUUCGCAAUAAUUUAUUCCUCCGAUUACCUCUUCGCCAGACUAACUAUGGAGUAAACGGUGCCAUCAUUGGUUUGCAGCGGACCUUCAAUAGAGUGUCUUCCGAGUUCGAUCUUCACAUUCCCCGUAGCAGAUUACAAUUUGACUUUUUAAAUAGAUUAAGAAAUUAUCAUUAGGACCACACUGUGUCUGUUGAUAUUAAUUAAUUAUAACUAAUCGAUUCAGUGAUGAUCAUCAUUCAUAUUUUUCCAUUUUUAGUAAAUUUUUUUAGGGUCCCGACAACCGACCACAUUUUUCAAAAUGGUAAACAGUUAUCAUUUUACUAAAUUGUUAAUAACUUUUUUUUAAGUUGACAAAUGAAAAUAAAUUCUUCGAUAAGUUAUUAGCUAAUGCCUCUAGCUUUCUAUUGGUAUGUUUAUUCCCAUAUAUUGUUUAAUUGGAGUAAUGUUGUGAGCCAAAAACAAAAGUGUUCCGACAACCGAACACAUUCCCCUACAUAAAUAAUGCAUCUCUACACUUAUUGUAAUGAUUAAAUAAAACACGUAUAGUGUAAAAUAUAGGUAACCCUUAAAUACAUAACACUGUUUUAAAACAACAUUGCGGAAAAACAUCUCAAAAUUAUCACAGUAAUGUAUUGAAGCUAUGAGACAAUGUUCACAACAUUAAAAAAAUUGGUUUGCGCCUUUGAGGGUUAAUAUGACUCCCAUGUUUGGAAAUGAAGUCAAAUGUGAUAUAAAUUGAUACAAAAAAUAUGUUUUGCACAUUUCUAAAAGACUUGUUACGACCAACAAAAAUGUUGCCAAAAACGGAACCCAUUUGUUGCCAAUUUGGGUCAACCUCAAUUGGAUAGGGGGAGAUGCCGAAGCAACAUACACGAAACCACAAUAGACAGGAAGGAAGACAACCAAGUAUUCCGACGAAAUACUUACCUCGCUUCGACAAAUGUUGUCGACACAAAACAUUUUUAAAAAAAUACUAUGAAAAAUAUUUUGAAAAAAAAUACUAUGGAAAAAAAAUUAUAUUAUGGAAGAAAUAUUAUGAAAAGAAUACAAUUACAAAAAAACAACUCGAGCAACACACAAAAACCUGUUUUAAUCCACCUAGCGGUGCAAUUGUGCCUUUCUCAUUCCUCUAAACUAUGGCACGGAGGCUGUUUAUGUUCAACAUAAUUGUGGAAAUGUCCAUUACAUUCUUAGUACACUUUGCACUUAUACACAACGGCUUGCCAGCCACGAACUUGAUGAGCUACGUGUCGACGGUGAAACACUUGAAACAAAAAAAUAUUAUACUUUAUCAUCCUAAUCAGCAUUAGAUCAAUGUUAUCUGCUUGCUAACUCAUUUUGUCAUGCGGGGGUGGCUGGGUGAGAAGGGCGAAAGUCCCAUGAACGAACGACUCCCCAGCUUAAAUUGGUAUGCUUUGUGAUAUAGUGGUGGUUCAAAGAUGAUGGAGUUGAAAGGGAGGAGUAUGAGGGCUGGAUGGGGUGGUGGUCUGAGGGGUGAUUAAAGGAGAUUUUUAAGGGAGGGGAGUGAACAGUAGAGGGGGGGUGUAACCCCUCUCCGUAAACCAUCAACUACGCCCCUGUUAAAAUCCAGAAACCUUAUGCGAGUCAAAAAUUUUUUUUUGCCGGGAUUAGGUUGACGUUUUUCAGAGUGAUUGCCAAACCUUUCUAUAUGAGAAAGGCAAACAUGUGGCAAAAUCCAUAAAAGUGAAUCGUAGUCAAAUUUUUUUUUCGAGUUUGCAUCAAAUCUCGACGUUUCAUGCACCUUGAAGACAUUUAGCAUCAAAAAUAAAUAUUCUGUUUUUAAUUUUUCGUAUAGUUUAUAUGAGAAAUUUCUGUGUGGCCACACUCUUAAACCCGUAAUUCCGGAACCGGAAUUCCGAUCGAUCCAAAAUUCAAUAGCAGCUGAUGGGAAGGUUGCACCUUUCAUUUGAGACUAAGUUUGGGCAAAUCGGUCCAUCCAUCUCUGAGAAAAAUGAGUGACAUUAUUUGACACAUACGCACAUACAUACACACACACAUACACACACAGAUACACACACACACACAAACAGACUUUUUCCGAUCUGGACGAACUGAGUCGAAUGGGAUAUGACACUCGGCCCUCCGGACCGGGAUUAGGUUGACGUUUUACAGAGUGAUUGCAUAACCUUUCUAUAUGAGAAAGGCAAAAAAUACAUUAUCCAUCUCGAGUCUAAAACAAUAUUACAAAAAAAGAAAUUUACUAAAAACGAGCACAACAGGCAAAAGAACUCGAAAUUAUUAAAACGAGCAAAGUAAGCAAAAGAUCUCGAACAAAAAAAAAUCACAUCUGGGGAAAAAGAAGGAAUUGGAGGCAAUUAAAGGGCGAACACGAAAUUAUUGCGACACCGAAAAUGUCAUGCCAAUUUUCUUAUAAUGUUUAAAAUCAAACAAAAAUUUUAGGCUAGUUUUAUACAGUUUUACAUUUCUUAUAAAAGAAAUGUAUAGAAUUCGCUCAAACUUUCAAGAUUUUUUCCGAGGCCCGGAGGGCCGAGUCUUAUAUACCAAUUGACUCAGCUCGACGAUUUGGGACAAUGUCUGUGUGUGUGUGUGGCUGUGUGUGUGUAUGUAACGGACAAAUUCUCAUUCGUGUUUCUCAGCAAUGGCUGAACCGAUCUUAUCCAAACCAAUUUUAAAUGGAAGAACUAAAAACAGUAUGAACGCUAUUAAUUUGUUUUUGAUUCUGAUGUUUAGUUUCCAAGAUAUGAAUGUUUGAAUGCGUAAAAAUGGCGUUUUUUGCAGUUUUUUUUUAAAUUAUCUGCCGAAAUUGACAAUAUAGAUUACCAGUUUAUAUGUUUUUAGACAGCUUUAACGAAUACCUGUCGAACAAGCUAUAGAUGGUUAAAAUCGGACUAUUAUCAAAAGAGAUAUUUAACAUUAAAUGCGGACGAAAGAUUUUUAUCAUUUCCCAUUGCCAGAAAUAUGACCAAAAACCAAAUCUAUUAUUAACGCCAAAACGGCUUAUUUUAGGUCAAUAGUAUCUUCGGAGAAUUUAAUGGAGGCAAUAUGCCCUUUCAUUUGGUAUUGUGGUUUUGCUGAUUAAUCCCCCUAUGAGUGAAAUGUUUUCACAAAUUUUCUUAGAAGUGAUUAUAUCGAAAUGAUUUUUUUAAAAUAUCUGUCGAAAUUGACAACACAGAUUAACACUUUAUAUAUUUUUAGGCAGCUUAUACGAAUACCUUUCGAACAAGCUAUAGAUUGUUGAAAUCGGACUAUUAUCACAAGAGAUAUUUAACAUUAAAUGCGGACGAAAGAUUUUUAUCAUUUCCCAUUGCCAGAAAUAUGACCAAAAACAUGUAAUCUAUUAUUAACGCCAAAACGGCUUAUUAACGGCUUAGGUUUCUUUUGGUAUUGUGCUUUUGCUGAUUAAUCCCCCUAUGAGCGAGAUAUUUUCACAAAUUUUCUUGGAAGUGAUUAUAUCGAAAUGAUGCCUUCAGCAAAUUUUGUAGCUCUUACUUUUACGAAUAACUUUACUGAAGAUAUCAAAUAUCUAUUCUGAAUACUUUAAAAGUUAUGGCUUGUUGUUUGUGGAUUACUCUUUGUCGCCUAUUUAUUGUUCAUUACUAUAUCCAUUGAAAUAAGCUAAACAUUAUUUCGACAAAACGAAUUUUGUAUUUCAUUUUUCUAUCUAGAACCGCUAGAAAUAAUCACCGAACACUUCCAAGUUGUCUGGAAAGAACUUGAUAACUUCCAUUGGUCGACAGCCAUUUUGGUGCAGGGUUGCGAUAGUAGUUUUUAGGGUAAAUCGGAUGCGCUGAGUUCAAAAAUGGCCAUAGUUUUCACCGCCGUGCUCCUGUUUUUGAGAUUUCUCCAUUAAUUUGUUAUUUUUUACUAGUCAGUGUUAAAUUUUUUUUCUAAAUUUUUCGAAUUUACAAACUGUAUCAAAUCUGUUAUUAAAAGGUACUACAAACAUCUGACAAAUAUUUGGAUAUCUGGAAAGGUAUAUUGAAUACUGCCAAAUUCGAAAAAACCAUGAGUAAACAAAAAUAAAACGCCCCUUUUUACGAAAAUUUGACAUUUUGCAAAAUUCAAAAUGCUGCCAUUUCAAAAGUUCUCAACGGAUUUCUAUCAAAGAUAGCUUUAUUAGUAGCUGUAAGCCUCUUCUUUCAAAAAAAAGUUCAAGCUAAACAGAUGAAAAUUGUCAGAGUUCUGAUCAAUUUACAUAAUUGAAGAAAAUCUUCAAAAUCAACUCUUUUUGGUAUUACUACAGACACGACAAAAACUUCGGAAAAUCUAUUGAAAAUAAAUUUCUUUUUAUAGAAUUCGUUGCUCUGGAUAUAAAUUAAAAGUCAAAGAAGUUUUAUGACCACAUUUAACAUAACCUUAAAUAUUUUUUUUUGUGAUAGACAGCAAUUUUUGCACCUCACUCUAUUACGAUCGAAGGCUUUUGGCAGUUCAGAUCUAUAGUUCUUGAUGUUUCAUUUGUUAUACCGUUUGAGUUUGUUGCCUGCAUAUUUCUUGGGAUGUGCGAGAAGUAAAUACGAACAGGUAUUUAUAUAUUGCAUUUAUCCAGUACUUUAUGCCUAGCUCACCGAAACAGAAUUGAUUCAAUGAGAAAUAUGGCGUCUUCACGGAGACAGCGUAAGAAUGAUCCAAAUCCGCCGACAGUGUUUCAAACAGAAAUAUAUGCCAUUCUAGAAUGCACUUACGUAUGUCUGAAAAGAAAAUAACGGUACCCAAAUAUCUGCAUUUUCUUAGAUAGUCAGGCUGCGCUCAACGCAUUAAGGGUUCCACAAUUGGCGGAGAAAACCCAUGUUAAUUUAUACUGGUUUCCAGGACAUAGUGACGUUGCAGGGAACGAAAAAGCCGAUGAGCUAGCAAGAAGAGGGUCUUCCACUAAUUUUAUCGACCCAGAACCAUUCUGUGGGUUCUCAUCGAGUGCCCUCAAAAUGGAAUUGAAAAGUGGGAAAUCACAGCUAUAAAGAACAAUUAUAGCGGUAAGCUUGAAGCUAUUUGGAACCGCCGCACGGUACUAUCUUUGAUUUUAGGCCUGAGUUUAGUCCGGUCUAACACGUUAGUACCUGUCAUUGCAGACAUGGCUGCAUCCUGAAGCCAAAUGAAAACAGGGUAAAGGGGCGCCAUAUUCCUCUUGCAUACAUCUCAAUAAUUUGAAUCAACUUUUCGACCUUUAUGUGCAAUAUUAUGGCCCAUGUUGCACACAAACCAUAUGAGGGCAAGUAAGCAAGUUUUAUCCCGUACGAAAAACAGGUAUAAUUGAGUUUUAAAUGUCAUUUUUUUGAUAUUUUUUAUCGUCCUAUCCAUAAGGUGCUGCACGCUCAUUUGAAAAUGCCAUGUCGAAGAGUUAUAUUACAGGUUAGCAGAAGUCGAAUCAUUUUGAAACUGACCGUAGAACGAAAUUUUAUAAUUGGGUGCAGAGCUGCAUUAAAUAAAAAUUGUUUUCGUUUGUUAGUUUACUUAUGGCUAUCAAAAUGACUGAAGCUGUUUAAUUUACCCACAUUUUUUUAGUUAGUUUAACUAGAUGAAAAGAAAAGAAUAUAUAAUCACAAUGUGUACCCUUUUCUACUUCUUCUACUCUUCUCACAAAGAACACAAUAAGCAAGUGAAUGUUUUCUUAUAUUUUUACUGCUUUCGAAAGAAUCCAAACUAAGAUUAAAUAAAAGAUUUCAAAUAAAGCCAUGCCAUACAACCUAAGUAACACUAUGACGGCAAACAAUCUGAUAGAACAGAAAUGCACAGGGUUUGAAAGAAGUUGUGAAAGUUGAGACUGGGCAAAUGACUUGAAAAAAUGACACAAAAAGUCGAAUGUGGAAGAAUCGCCUAAAUCGGAACUUAAGGGGGUUGUGUAAAGUAUUAUCGGCAAAAAAUUGGAUUCCUUAAUCUUUUUUCGAUGCAAAGAUUAUUUAUCUAUUCAGUCAGGUGCCACGUCGAAAACUGGUUUUGCGGUGUACACCAUAACUCAAAAUCUGCUGGACCAAUCGUUGAUACAUUUGCAUAGUUGUUUUUAACAUCACUCCACAAGUAACUAAUGGAGCUUUUAUUUCUUGGUUGAUUUUCGAACUUUUCGUAGCCCUUUGAAGCCAAAGUCCGAUUAAUGCUAAAAAAUGAUGAAAAUGCUAUUGAAAAAAUAAGAAUAUCAAGCAUUUUGCGAAAACCUUUUGUAGUUAUCUGGGCAAUGAUGUAAAGAAGAAAAACUGUGCAAAAUUCAGUACGAUUGGUCCAGGAAAUUUUGAGUUACGGUUUACACCGCAUUUUGUCGAGGUGCCUCCUGAAGAUUCACUGUCUGCAUCAAGUGUCAGGUUCAAUUUGUUAACCCUUAAAGGCGCAAAGCAAUUUUUUUCAAAUUUUCUGAAAAUUGUUUCUCAGCAUUACUACGUUACUCUGAAAAUUUUAAGAUGGUUUUCGCAAUGUUGUUUUAAAACAACAUUGCGCAUUCAAGGGUUAAGUUAUAUCUGUCAAUUGAUUAUCAGACAGAUUGCAGACUAUAGGAAAUAAUUAAUUGUAAUUUAUUAUUUUGUAACCGGGAUUUGAAGUUUUCUCAAUUUUCGCACAACGUCGCAAAAUCUCGUUGAAUUGAACGUUUUAGCAAUCCAAGAUGUUGAAAGCUCAGCAAUUUGGAUUUAACCCAUUUGACAGAUUUACUUCGUUGAAAAUCAGUUUUUGAAGUUGUCAAAUUCUCAGCUCAAUUACUGAACUUUUGGUAUUUCAGGAUUGAUUAGGUAAUCGUGCUGAUAAUUUGAAUUACUUAAUUUUCAGCAAAUGAGGUCUGCCAAAUUCUAUAUUCAUGGUUAGUGGAGUAGUUGGGUAGGAUGGUAUAAUAAGCCCCACCAGGCUAAAAUGUCAGAUUUCUUUUCCAAUGGCCACAUAAUUAUCUGAAGCAAAUAAAUAAUUGUUUUUGGCUUUUUCAUGUGCAGCAGAACAGCAACUAAUACAAACGUUUCCCAAAAAGGUAAGCUUCCAUUAUUGUUCUUAAGCAUUUGAUUUAAUUUGAAAUAGUCAGAUUUGGCUGAACUGUCUGACUACUAAAUAUAAUGUUAGUGAAGCUUUUUCUAUCCUUGGAGUGGCUAAAGACUAACAAUACAACUUUAUAACGUUCACGAUAGUAUGCACCAUUAUUAACAAAAUAGUGAAAUAACGUUGUAAACCAUGUUCACACUACAGAGUUAAAACAUGUUAUAAUAAUUAGCAACAAGAAAAAUGUCAUCGAGAUAGCGUUAAAACACGUUUUUACUUGUUGUGUGAACGUAGUAUUAGCCACUUGAAUCUUAAAUAAUUCUAAUGUUACUUUGUUUAAGCUAAAUCAAGGAUUCCAAAAUUAUUUUAACUAAAUAUAAAUACGUCAGACUAUUAAAUGGCAUAAACAGUGAAUUUUCUUUUACCCUCAUUGUACGGUUUUUAACAUUGCCGUGUACUGCCGAUCGGAACGCAGUAAUGCAAAUGGCAGCAUCAUGUUACCGGAAAAAGACAAAAAUAUCACAUGCUCCUCUUGCGCAUACUUCGUUAUUUUCAAUCCUCUUUUCGGCUUUCUUCUGGAUGAAUAUGACUCUCUUUGCUCGCAAUAAAAAUGGCAAUAAAUAAGCCAGUUUUAACAGGUAGGAAAGACAAUCACCGUCGAACUAUAUUUACCUGUACUUUUGAUUUCUCUGUUCUGUCCAUCUCUCUACACGCUUGAUUCCAAUUGCUCAUCGAAGAGUUACAGGAGAGCAUUUGGAUAAAUCGAAUCGAUUAUCUCAUAUUCAGAUCAAAGUUUUUUUUGCGAGUUCGAAUCAAAACUGCAAUAAGAAUUGUUUUGAUUCUUUUUUUUACAUAUCGCUGUGAGAAUAAGUGGGAUUAUUUUAUUCCUUAAUAUAAAUCAAUAACAUGUUAUCACGACUUAUUACCCAUAUAUCUGUCGUAUGUCACAUUAAAGAAAGUGAAUAACGAAAAAAAGUUUAUUUUUCAUUGGAUAGAUCCAAAUAAAUGACAAUCGGAUGUAGAUCGUAAAAUGCACUAUUUUAUAAAUUUCCUUAUUUUCACUACCAGUUCACAAAUUGAAUCAGAAUGUUAACUGCUUACAAAGUAACUCUAUAAAUACCCUAAGCAAAUAUUAAAUAAAAGAUUUUAAAUAUACGCAUUUUUCCUAUAUGAAUAAACUCACAUAAAACAUCCAAAUAAAAAUAUUUUAUAAUUGAUUGCGAACGCAACGGCGUUCGUAAAAAUAUAUUACUAGGAUGCUCAAAACUUUCAUUUCUGUUUAUUUAUAAAAUCGUAGAAUCGUUGUUAGCAAAUAAAAUCGUUCCAAUCUGCAUUGAUGCAUUACAGAAAUAUGCAAUCAACAAUAUGAAAUAUAACACUUGUGAUCAUUCUGUCAAAGUUUAUUUUUUUGUUUGACCUUUGUUUACUUUUUAUUUAAGCUUCGCUGAAAAAAAAACUUGCACAAUUUUAAUUCGCGGAGUGUGAUCCAACUUUUAUUUGUAAUUGAUAUUUAUUCCAAACUUGUGAAAAUUAGCUUGAAACGAAUAUAAAUAUUCUCCCCCCGUGUCGACAGGUAUCGUGUUCAGUUAUAAUGAUAUUCACAGUUAAUUUUGAAUUCAAAUUGAAAUAUUUCAACCAAUUUUUUAAUCAAAGUUUAACAUAACUAUCAUGGCACCAGUUACAAACGAUGGUUCAACCCAAAGGGAUUAUAACUACUAGAGGUCGCAUGUCGCUGUUAACAUUGAAAAUUUAUCAUCUCGCUCUUACAUAUGCUAGGCCCAUUAGUUUUACACAUAUUGCCCGGGUUUAAACCUGUCAAAAUAAUGGGAUACAAUAUGCUAGAGCGAGACCCCAUGUUUCAGUCCGUGAAUACAUGGAGACAGUAGCGCUUUGCUCCCUCUAGUAGUUAUAAUCUCUUUUGUUCAACCACUUCAAACUUAUUUUCUUUUGUGCAUUAAAUAUUAUGUCACUACAAAAAGCUGUACAUUAUCGGCCAACUAUAAACUAUCCACCAAGUUAAAGUUUUAAGUUCAGAAACAUUUCAAUUACAUGGUGACAAAAUUGUUCUCACACGCUAUGGAACGAGACAUAUGACGAAGAAAAGCUAUUUUACUGCAAGAAAAUAUCGGAAUGAAAAACAAUUCUCCAUGUUGUUUAAUUUACUCAUUUUCUUAACAUGAAUUUGUUGUUUUUUAACAUUGUCGUGUAUCGCAGAUCAGAACGCUGCCAUAUAAAUGACAGCAUCGUUGGGUUAAAGCUUACAAAAUAGUUUAGGCCGGUUUAAAAGUUAGUCCGGUUUAAAUAUAGUUAGUACGCGUUUGAGCUUACGGCUAUUAGAGUAUCACACCUGGGCUACGACAAUCAAAGAAAUUUAUCUCACCCAACGAGAAAAAAAAGUCUGGAGUUGCUUAGACUAAACAAAAAAUUAAAGGGUUGUGUACAGGACACGACCACGGUGACAUUAAAAAUGUAGCUUUUUUCAAGAGCGUGCAAAUGAAUUUUAUCUAUCACACAUAUCGACUCACGUUCUUGUUCACUCGCCUGUUUUCAUAUGUUACAAUUUGCUAUAUACCCUCCCCAUCAAAACAUAAUUUAUUGAAGGUCUUUUAACGGUAAUCUAUUAAUUAAUCAAGUAUCUCACUAGGUGAUUGGCAUUAUUUGGCUGAUCCAUCUAGUAAAAAUAGGCUGGUCUGUCCAGAAAAUAUAUUCAAAAGAAAAGUUCCAUAUUGAAAGCUGUGAUGAGGAAGCCCACGCUCGCCAACGGAAAUAUACAGAUUCUCCAUGAAAUAGGAAAUUUCAUUUUCCAUUUAAAUUUUCAAUAAUGUACUAAUGAACUUAAGUAAACAAUAUUAAGUUUAAGUAUUUCUUGAUCGAUUAGUGGUGGAAAAAUGAAAUUAUUUGAUAAAUUACAUUGUUAUGCAACGUUCGCACUACCAGUUAAAACAGGUUUUUAUGCUAUCUUGGUGACAUUUUUCUUGUUGCUAAUUAUUAAAACGUGUUAUAACUCUGUAGUGUAAACAUUGUAUUAUUAAACCAAUUCUGCAGCGUUUUAUGUUAUAUAGGUGUUUUAUGUGAUAAUAGGACUGACAUAAUUAUAUCUUCAGUACAGCGGUUUGUUUCAUAAUUUAAAACAUAUUUAUUUUAAAAUUUAAAUUAGUAUACCCAACCGUUCUAUUUGUUGUAUACUUUAAAAGGCAAUUAGAACUGUGUUUUAAAUACAUAGGGUAGGACAGAUAUUCUGACUGGAUAAACUGGGAAAACAAUUUUAAGUCCAGUAACGCUUAAGACAUGGCUUGAAUUUGAAUCGAAAAAGAACACCCGCUUCAACUGCUGCUGGGACGGUAAGUUCUGUUUUAAAAUUUUCCGUUGCGUGCAGUACGAAACAAAAGUGUUUGAAAUUAGAAAACAAAAAGUUCUGCUGGGAAUGUAAUUGUUUCCGAUGCAAUUACACUCAGAUUUUUCACGCAGGGGAUAUUGGCCGUGUAAAUGAAAACCGCGUCAAUUUCAAAAAAAACGCGUUUAUGAAAACCGCGUAAAUUUCAAAAUCCGCGUAAAAAACCUGAGUGUACCCUCCUGUAUAAAAUACUACGCUGCUGAACAGUGCAAUAACUACAGAAGCACGUUGUCAGAUGCCUUACUGAUAAAAAACAUAUAACCGAAAUAUGAAACAUGAAAACCAAUAGGCUCUUUACCCUACGCAGCUACAAAGCGCCGUAAACAUGGAUUAACAAGUUACAACGCACACGCAUGCAUAAAAAUAAAUAUAUUUUUUUCAAACGCAACACUCUUAAGCAGCACACACCGUAUUGAAUUAAAUCCAAACCACCCCGCCCACCCACUUUGCAAAUCAUUCUGUGACACCAUGCUGGUACCCGACAAAUCCGCACACGGCCACCGCUGCCGAAAAUGCAUAGCGUCUACCGCUUAUUAUAGUGUCCAGACGCUGCAGCCAUGAUCUUUCCCGUUCGACAUAAGAACAAAAACUGAUUCAAACGGGUACGCGUCACCUCUAUUUAUAAACUAACCGUAUAUGGUUUAGUCACUUAGGUGCGAGUGUGUGCAAAUGCCAACGUUACCGAAAAUCGAUAGCGCUUAUUGCAUCGCCCGGAGACGACGUUGCUCGUGUGGGAUAAGAGCAACAACUGAUUUAAACGGACAUGCGUUGCUUCUAUUUAUGACUUUUCGUGUUUCAUUGAGCAACUAAGCUGCCCUCUUUUGACGGCUGUGUCUGAGAAAUCUGCCUCACGAAUGUUAUUUUUCCCGUUUUUUGUGAACUUUUUAAUUUUACCAAUUUCCAAAAGUCUACUUUUAUUGGGGAGAUAUUAAAUUAUUACCAAUAUUUAAGUUAGGUGUUUCUGAAUCGGUUGGUGUAUGAAUGAUUAAAAUCCAUCUAGUAAUAUCGGAGUUAUAAGCGUGCAAACCUUACAUAGUUUCGUUACAUGGGAGAUAGUUUAGAUUUUAGAAUGACACCUAGCCCCAGAUAGUGGAGUAAGACAUUUUUAAUGUCAAAAGAACUAUGUGUCAUGACAGGACUACUUACCAGACACUGUCCGAGUAAAUAUCAUCUUAAAAAAAUGGUAAGCUUACUAACGAUACAUGCCGCGUCUGCGGAUCUGAAAGUGAAACAUCAGAGCAUCUGCUCUGUGAAUGCUUUGCAUUGAUUCAACGCAGACUAAGAGUCCUCGGUAAAAAAAACAUUGAAGCCUUUUGAUAUUUGGAUUGUAAAUCCCAAGCAGGUAAUAAACUUCAUACGAAGUGGUGUGCCCAACUGGAAAGAGUGUGUAUCUCAAUAAUGGCAAUCACUCAUGAAUAGUGAUAUGUCAUAGUAGAUAGUACACUUAGAUUAAAGAAGGGGCAUACCAGAAUAGAUCUAAAUACUGGUCGCAGUGGUUCGUCUCCAAUAAAAAAAAGUUUAAUUUGCUAUAUUGAUAUGAUAUUAAAAUUUUCAUAUAUAAAAUAAAAUAUAUUCUGUGAUCACUGAUCGUUUCUAUUCAUUCGCAAACGUCAUUGAACAUAUAAUUGAGUUAGGUUAUGUAAGUUGACCAAAAGUAACAAAACUAUGACUUCAUAUUCAGAUUGAGUAUGCCCAAAUCUAUUCGCUGUCUCUUUCUAACUCUUGAUCUCCGUAUUUUUGUUUAUAGUAUAACUAUUAUAAAAUGAAAUAUUUUUAGGUUAUUUUGAAAUGUGAUAAUAAAACUACUUUAUGACUUUUAAUUUAUAUCCAGAGCAUCGAAGUCUAUAAAAAAACAUUUAUUUUUAAUAGAUUUUCUGAAGUUUUUGUCGUGUCCGUAGUAAUAUCAAAAAGCGUUGAUUUUAAAGAUUUUCUUCAAUUGGGUAAAUUGAUCAGAAGUCAGACGAUUUCCGUCUGUUUAGCUUGAACUUUUUUUUUGUGUGAAAGAAGACGCUUACAGCUACAAAUACAGCUAUUGUUGAUCGAAAUCCACUGAGAACUUUUGAAAUAGCAGCAUUUUGAAUUUUGCAAAAUGUCAAAUUUUCUUAAAAAAGGGGCAUUUUAUUUUGUUUGCACAUGGUUUUUUCGCAAUUGACAGUAUUCAUUAUGCCUUUCCAGAAUCCCAAAUAUUUGUUAGGUGUUUGUAGUACCUUUUAAUAAUAGAUUUGAUACAGUUUGCAAAUUCGAAAAAUUUAGAAAAAAAUUUUAACACUGACGACAAAAAAAAAUCAAAUUUAUGGAGAAAUCUCAAAAACAGAAGCACGGCGGGAAAAACUAUGGUCAUUUUUGAACUCAGCGCACCCGAUUUACCCUAAAAACUACUAUCACAACCAUGCACCAAAUUUUUUUUCUGAUUUUGUAGACCAGUAUUAUCAGUGCAAAAAUGUUCAUUUGUGCGAACCUGCUGACUGCAAUUUUUCUAAUUUAUAACCAUCGGAUCGAUCUGAAACAUAUCGGAAAAUGAAAAGCGAAAUAAAUAACUCCAAGCAACGGCGUAGCCAAGAGAAGGUUUUGGGGUUUAACACCAUGCAAACCACCUCCCCCCACCCCACCAAAAAAAAAUAUUGGAUUGAAGUUGAAAAUUUAUUGAUGCUGACUGAUUUAAUUCAAUAUUACAAUAACAAUUAUCUGAUCCGUACAUUGGUAACCUGUUGUUGUAAACAUCAUGAGGACUUUUGAUAAAUUGUCGAAAUAGGGUCCUGAUAUGUAACUGAUCUAUUGGUCUUGAUUUCACAGUUGUCUAAUAGCAUCAAUAUCAAAUUCCUACCUGAAAACAUUCCAAUAGAAUAUUCCAGAGUACUGUAAUCAAUCAUAACCCUUAGAUUUCUUUUCAAAUUGAGCUCGCUUUUGUAGAGAUGUACUGUAAUAAGGGUCUUUAUUUAAUAGGAAGCGAAGUUAAAAUUGAUUUAAUGUCUAUGAAACAUAGAACUGCUCACCAAAAAAAUACAUAACUUUCAACAUUUGCUAAAAAUGUUUUUGCCUUUCUCAUUCACUCCAAAAUUUGUCAAUCUAAUCCCGACCCGGAGGGCCGAGUGUCAUAUGCCAAUCGACUCAGUUCGUCGAGAUCGGAAAAUGUCUGUGUGUAUGUAUGUGUGUGUAUGUGUGUAUAUGGAAAAAAAUGUGACCUCUGUUUCUCAGAGAUGGCUGCACCGAUUUGCACAAAGUUAGUCUCAAAUGAAAGGUUCCAACCUUCCCAUCGGCUGCUAUUGAUUUUUUUUAUUGAUUGGACUUCCGGUUCCGGAGUUACGAGUUGAAGAGUGCAAUCACACAGCAAAUUCCCAUAUCAACUGAAAUGCAAAUUUUUCAAAAUCAAAUUUGUAUUUUUGAUGCCAAAUGACUUUAAAAUGCAUGAAACAUUGAGAUUUGAUGUAAACUCAAAAAAAAAUGUUUGACAAAAAUUGACUUUUUUUGACUUUGCUACAUUUUUGCCUUUCUCAUAUAGAAAGGUUAUGCAAUCACUCUAAAAAUCGUCAAUCAUACCGGCCCGGUGGGAGUAUGCAGUGAGGGGUUGGUACUUUAAAAUUAAAACUAGUUUAAAAUUUCUUAACAAGUUGUAAAUUUUCGGUAGGACCCGGACCUCCCGGAUCUUUCUCCAUGAUCCGCCGCUGGGUUCAAGCGAUGUUUCAGUAUCACAUAGUAUCUCAAGAUCGUGGCUGUCGAUCCAUUGUAUGUAUGUGCAAAUCGUCCUGGACAUGUAAUAUUAAUUUCCACCAUUGUAUUGAACAUAACCAGCCAUGGAAUCGUAGUCUGGACAAAUGAGAAAAGCACAAUUGCACCACUAGGUAGAUUAAAAAAGGUUUUUAUUUUGGGAAUGCGUCGAGUUGAGGCGAAAACGUAAUAUGAUUAAUAACGAGGAUAACACUUUCCGAAUGUAGAGAAAAAUUCAUGAAAAAUGCGAUUUCCAUUCGCCUCUAGCAGAUCCUGAUCGAUUUUGAUGAGCAUUUGAUUUUUGUUGUAUGACCAAUUAUAUGUAUAGGUCAAAUGUUCGAAAACUGUAAUUUAAGGUAAAGAUAGCAUCAUUUUGAAACCGCCAAUUUCGGAGGUUUAGUAUCUUCGAUGAGUUUUACAAACGUUAAACAGCGCAUCAUUUGAUAAAAUAAUUUUGACGGUAUAUCGUCCAAGAAGUAUUUAUGGUGAAUUUUCUCAGGUUAAUAUUCAUGACUACAAUAAAGUCUCAACAAAUUCGCUAAAGACGCGAACUCUGUUACUAUUUUCUGAAAAAUUAAUUCUGCAUUAUUUUAAAACUUCAAAAAUUACGGUUUUGGAAUUAUACCGUUUGGACAGUAUGAUCGAUUUUCACCAAACCCCCACCAAACCGAAUUUCUGGCUACGCCGCUGACUUCAAGUAAGUAGAAAUAAAGUCGUUCUACACUUGUUCACAAGAAACUUCUUCGAAUGCUGAAUAUCUGUUAUAAUACAUUGAACCCCGAUUUUAUCAGCCAAAUAUGCACAUAUGUUUGAUGGGCUCUAGCAGACGAACAAGACUGAAUUCGAGUAAAUCCUUUCUUGAGCAUGUUUUCCUUAUCAUGAAGAUGGAAAUAUGCAAAAAUAAAAAGUUCAUCAUAACCAGAUAUAGUUAUCAGACUACAUCAAGGGACGGGAAGAAUAUUUUACAGCUUCAGUUUAUUAUAAAGAAAAAAAAAUUGCCCGAUUUAGUCAAUGUCCCCAUUUUGUCAGCCUAAAAUACACCAUGAGACUGAUAAAAAUGGGUCUUUAUUGUAUGUAUUAUUCACUGUGUUUCACAUUAAUAGGUACAUUUCAUUUUUGGGGAUUUUUUAUUGCAUCGAACUACAACAAUUUUUAGGUAGUUUUCAAGGGGUAUUUUAUAUACUUCUUCCAAAAUUUGGCGAACCUAUACCAAUUCGUAUACCAAUUGAUUGGUAUCCUUAAGGGUUUGUAUGUUGCAGAUAGAGAAAAUAUUGAAAUUUUCAGCUUUUUUCCUACACAAUAUUGCGAAAGCUUAUUAAACAAUUUUUCCUAAUAAGUUUGUGAAAAUUAUAAACUAUUUGAAAUUUUUUAAUAGUUUUAUUUUUUAUUUAACUGUGAUUUUUUAAUAAAUAGUUUUUUACUUUUUUAUUUCGACUAUGUUAGUCACAUAGUCUAGCUAAUUGAAUGUCGUUAAAAUGUAAAAAAGAAACAUUUUAACGACAUUCAAUUAGCUAGAGAUUACUGGGUAGGGAAAGUUAUGAAAAUUAGAGCCAUAGUACUCAAGUGAGAGCAAGGAUGUGAAGUAAACAGAUCGGAAAACUAGAAGUGGCAGGGUCAUUAGAACAGGCUUAAUAUCGUACGGGCUUAAUCUUUGUCUUCUGUUAAUGAGGGUCGAGCUUAGGCAGUAUAACUACGAAUCACCCGAGUUCACUAACAUGUGUCCUGAUAAUGAUAAACGUGUCCAUCGGAUCGGUAAAGAUGGACACGUCUGUCAUUACUAGGACACAUGUUAGUGAACUCGUAGUUAUACUGCCUAAGCUCGACCCUCAUUAACAGAAGACAAAGAUUAAGCCCGUACGAUAUUAAGCCUUCACAUCCUUGCUCUCACUUGAGUACUAUGGCUCUAAUUUUCAUAACUUUCGCUACCCAGUAAUCUCUAGCUAAUUGAAUGUCGUUAAAAUGUUAAUAAAUAGUGACCAUCGCUUCACAACGUAGUCUAUUUUUCAUGGCUUGCGGUGAGCACGAUCUCUCGAAUUGCUGAACUGAAAAAUAUGGAAUAGAAAUUAAUUUUUAGUAUUCUUAACAGAUUUAACUCGCCGCGCAGAUAGCUCUGAAUUACACCCGCUGGUGCCCUAAGACGAUUUCGCUAGAUUUUCAGAGCAUUGUGCACCCAGUGCAUUAACGCAAGUGACGGAAGGUUAUCGAAAAGAUUCGUGAAAAUGAAAAUUCCAGUAAUGAUGAUGAUUUUCCCAAACGGUUCGUUUUCGAGAGGUUUUUAUUUGUUCUUUGGCAUUAGGAUUAGCGAUAAUAAUUCAAAUCAAGGAUACUACUGGGAAGUCACCUUUAGAAAAAGUCGAUAUCGAAGUAAAAUGUGGAACUUUGCUGAGAUAGCGUGAUAUCAGGAGCUGCGAUUUCAUUUCAACGCUUUAUGUGAAAAGGGCGAUACUUACAAAUUUAAACAUAAGGCUUUUUUUCAUACAUGCGAAUGAGGGCUUUGAAACGCAACAAAUUAACCUAAAAAUUUGGAUUUUACGAUAUUGCUUUCUUAAACUAUAGCAAAAAAUACAACAGGCGAAACUGUAUUUUUGUUUGUUUAUUUAAAGUUUCGCCCUCCACGCUUCAUGCAAACAAUCAGGGCGAUACUUUUUUGCUAGCAGUUUAGAGGCGAAAAUGUCUUUUUCGUAUUAUUUUAGGAUUAUCAAGCUGAUACCAGCUGUAAAUAGUAACAAUGAUCGCCAUUGAAAAAACCCGGACGAAAUCGGUGCGGUGGUGUAAAAGGGUAGUUAUUAUAAAAAAAACGUAUGGGCGAUACUUCAAUGCUGAUAGGUGGAACCGAAAAAGUAAACAAUCGCCAAAGGGGCGAUACUAUCAUUUUGUCAAUUUCAAUAGCAAAAUUAAAUUUUAAUUUAAUAAUUUCAAAUACUUUAUGAAGUUUUGGGUUUCGAUCACUGAAUCAUGCAAUCUAGGAUGUAAAAAACACAAUAGUUCUUAAAUUGGAUAUAAAACCAAGUCUGGAAAUAUUCACUGUUGAUUCUCUUUGAAUGGUGUCACUGCUGGUAUCGCCCUUUUCAAGAAAAAGCGUUGAUUUCUUAGCUCUCAGUCGCGUUGGAAAUAUGAGUAAAGUAUAAACUUCAAAUCGAUUCAAAAAAAAUUCCGAUUUUUUUGGCUCAGUACAAUAUAUAACCUCUUUAAGAAAAUUCAGUUUUCCCACCACAAUGCAUUGAUUGAGGAAUUUAGAUAUUUUAUUAACAGAGCAUUAGCAAUAAUUCGUUUGUAUGUCUAUUUUAUGGGCCAUUUUUACGCUUUCCCAUUGAUUUGGUUUGAGAUUUCUAGCAGCUCUCUGUACAUAGGUUCAUCUAUGUAUGGAGAACCAAAAAUCCGGAUACGUAAUUGCAUUACUACAGGGCAGUUGCAUAUCAAAUGAUAUCAUGUUCCGUAAUCGGAUUCACAAAGAUCACAUGAAUAAUACUCAGCGCGCUGAAUAGUAGCCAUGCGUUAAUUGAGUUUGCAAUGUUCAGUCAGGGCCCUGACUAGAAUACUGCAAUUGUCAUUGGAAAAAUGCAACAAAUUCUUUGACAUUUUCAGACUGACAUCCGGCAGAAAAGUCUUUGUUUGAACGCAAGUUUGCAAGCUACGCCAAUGGUUAGCAUGUUCGGAUGCAGCCCAAGAGCGAAUCUUGUGCUUUAUCCAACUUAUCGGCAGUGGUAAAACUGGUUCUGGACCAACGAAGUCAGUCGCAGUACCAGCUCUAGCCAAUUCGUCCGCCCUUUCAUGUCCAGUAAUACCGGAAUAACUGGGUACCCAUAGAAGGAUAGCAUUUGAAAAGUUAAGUUCUUCGAUUUAAGUUUGACAUGAGAUUACUAAUUUCGAUCCCGAAUCUGCCGAACUAAGUGCUUUUAGGGCAGCUUGACUGUCAGAGCAAAAAUAGAUUCUUUCACCGCAAAUUCCCUGUUGAAGUUCUGAUUUUACGCCACAUAGAAUCGCAAAGAUUUCUGCUUGGAAUACGGUAAGUACGGCUCGGUCCUCCAACAAAGAACAGUCAGUAUAAAAAACUACGUAUUCUUCAAGUUGUCGCUCCAUCCAGCCAGACAGCUAUUCCUCGCGAAGAGGAAUUCUCACAUUGAAAGUUUUAAAAGGAAAACUACAUGUGAGUGUAAGGUCACUGAGAGCAAUUGUAUACUCAUCCCAUGUAACCAUUUGGGGCCACAGUAGAGUGACAGGAAAAAAAAUGACCCUAACGGCCCAUGCCUGAGUCGAUUUCUAGUCCCACCAGGACUAUUUGUUCCAAAUUUGAAGUAAAUUGGACAAGUCUAGCUACAGGACCAACGUGCCUGAAGUUUGUAUCGGAUUUUUCGACAAUUUACAUGAAGAAAACCCACUAACUCGCAUUUUCGCCGCUAGGUGGUACUGUAUACAUCGUAUUAUCACUGUAAGUGAAAAGAGGAUAUAUAAUUUAAUUGCCUACAACUUUGUCGAAGACUCCUAGUAAAUCUGGCUUAGUUAAAAGAAGUUAUCAAAAUUUUAAUGAAGUAAUGUCUGACUCAGUUUUGCAUGGGGCCUAGCAGUGCAUGGUUGUGUAUCAGCACUCGAUUCACACGAACUAACAUUUUUGUGAAAUAAUCGUUAGGUUUAGGUCAAUAGUAUGUUCAAAAGAAUUAUAGCAAGUAAUACGAGUCAUGCUUUGGUUGGAAAAUUUUAGUUCCACAUUUUACCGCGCCAACACUAACUUUUCAACGGAAAGAGAUAGAGAUUAGGUGUCUUCCACAAAGUUGUAGAACAGGGAUUUUGCAAUAAUUCUUUUGAACAUCUCGAUAUUCUAUCUCCUUUAUAUGAAAAGAUAGGAUUGGCGUCCUCUAUGCGGUUACAGGUAGAACUAAAAUUUUCUAACCAAAACAUGACUCGCGUUACUUACUAAAAUUCUUCUGAAUACAAAAUUUUAGAUUGCUCAAUUAAGGAGGUUUUUUACUCACUUUAAGUAAAAAUUACUAGUUUUCACGAAAAAUUCUGUCUUUUUGUGAGUAAAAACCCCCUUGAAUGAAAAAUUAUUACAAAUACUCAACGUAGGUGUCAGUAUUUUUAACAUAGGAUGUGUAUGAAAAGUUUGAAAGAAAUCGGUUAAGUAGUUUUUGAUAGGCAGGUAACACCGCAAAUCAUGUUUUUUCCAGAGACGUUCUACAAAAAGUUUCGUCACCGAGUCGUUUGUCGAUAUUUGUGAAUAGAAAAAUUA